CACACUGGAAUGGAACAGAAGAACACAGACAAGGGAUCAUUCAAUGCUUGAUGACUCGUCAGGUUCUCACUCUAUUUAAGAUGGCAGGUUAACAAGCUCAAGCUCAACCUCACACUCACCUAUGUUCUCAGAAACACCCUCUCUCCCUCCUCCUCCUCCCUCCUCCCCUUUUCCACGAACAGAUACACCCGAGCGAAAAGCAAGACGUUCUAAAUCUUGAUAACAUGGAUUACUUCAGUGCCCUUCCCCUGGAAUUAAAUGUUCUUAUCCUCGAGAAUGUGGAUGACUGGGUUAGUCUCGAACAUCUGAUCCAGACCUGCCCAACGGUGGCUGCACUCUUCGAGCCGGGCCACGACGAUCCAAACACAGCAGCGAAUCCUAUGGCUCUGGACAUCGUCAAGUGCGUCCUAGCCAAUGAUCCCAUCAUGAGCCACAAGCUGGACCGUCUUUUUUGGCUCUGUGCCAACCUUCGCCACUCCCCCACAUACAUCAAAAACGACACCAUCGCCAGAUUCGUGAGCAACGACAAUGAAGAUCGAACCGAAUCCUAUGAGUGUACGAUGACUCGAACCGAGCUACGGGAAAUGAUACGCGUGGCUGCGAAUAUCCGCCGAUUAGCCUGCGCGUGUUUGACAUCCUUUGUUAGAUGUCUGCAAGAUAACCAGCCCCGAUGCUCAAGCCGAGAUAUGAGAAUUGAAACCCAACCCACGCGGCAUCACUUGUUGUUGUUGCACGCCGACCCGCCCUCGUGGAUAGAGGAGUAUCGGGUCUACCGCGCUCUAUGGAGGUUGCAACUGCACACCGACCUCAUCGGAGCUGGGGUUUGGCCGCCGGAUGAUUCUGGCCACCUGAUGGAUCAGUUCAUGAGCGCUUGGAGCUGUAGCAAAGAAGUGACAGCGGGUAGGGAGAUGCGAUCUGUGUCCGAGUGUCUGGUGAAGUUGUACGGGAAGAGCCGGACGGAUAUUCCAUGUUCGAAGAAUCAGGGCUCGUCCGAAUUGAUCACUUGCAUGCCCGACACGUUCGUGGCCGAUGUCAACUUGUGGGUGUGGAGUCUUCCAGCCCAGCCUAAUGAUCUGACUCAGUUCUGGGGCCCGGGGCCUGGACGGGGAGGACGGUGCAACAUAGUGCAUUGGUUCUCGCAACUGAGGGAACGGUUUCAUAUAUCUGAGUUUUACUUGGAAAAUGAUACCGUAGUGGACUUGGCAUUAUGGGCAAUGGGAAUGUGGAUCUGGAGUGACCAGCGGCUGCGUGAGGCGAGACUCUGGCGAACAGAGGUUGAUCCAGCUGAGGGGUGGGUGGGAGUUAUAGGGGGAUGGAAAACGGGGGUUAAAAAUAAAAGUUGGAGUCAGAGGGGAUCGAACCCUCGACCUCUCGCAUUUUAG